AGAGGAAACAGGUCCACGCUCACGUCGCUUCUAGAAUAAUCUGGUCCUCACUGAUUCUUCCUCUUCCAACCUAAGUCACGUGUCUAAAAAAUUCCGAACCCUAACCCUAUUGCCUAAUCCCUAAUUCCCCAAUCCCUUCGAAUUUCUUCUUCAGCUUAUGUAAGUUCAUUGCCGCAACCAGCAAUCGCACCCCUGAAUCUCCGAAUGCUGUUUCGCCCUUCAACUGGUUGUGUGGUAUUAUUUUGCUGCUGGUUCACUUGUGCUAAAUUUUGAGGUUCCCGUGUGCCAGGGCUUGGCAUUAUAUUUAGAUACAGUUAUGUCCGGCAAUACUAAUUGCACUGUUUACAUAGGUAAUCUGGAUGAGAGGGUCACAGACAGAGUCUUGUAUGAUAUUUUAAUUCAAGCAGGACGAGUGGUAGAUUUACAUAUUCCUAAAGAUAAGGAAUCAGAAAAACCAAAAGGCUUUGCCUUUGCAGAAUAUGAAACUGAGGAGAUUGCGGAUUAUGCUGUCAAGCUUUUCUCAGGCCUUGUAACACUCUACAACAGAACACUGAAGUUUGCGUCUACUAAAAAACAGAUAUCUGGGAGAGACAAAACCCCUAACGGUUCUGCCGGAGUUACACCAACAUCAAAUUCUUCUCAAAGAUCAAGGCCUUAUCCAGUGCCGUUUAAUAACUCAGAAUCUGAUAAGCUAUCGGCACAUGACCGUUUUUCGGAUUAUGCAGCUCCUCGUCGCCGUGUAACUGACCUACCUAGUGGGCAUGGAUCUUACAACAGUGGCCAUGAUUUUGAGUUCAGCCGUAGAGCUUUUGGGGCAACAUUGGACAGCAUAAGUGGUUCUAGGUCUCGCCGCUAGGAUAGAAGCUAAUCCCUUUAACCCAUCUUAGUAGCUUGCUAAUAUCUUAAAAGAUCAGUGAGAGAUUAAGAUUUCCUUAAACAAGUAGUCUUAUAUCUUAGUGGAAUGUAAAUGGGAUUGUUCAAUUAUAUAUUGGAAUGCAGAUGCUUUAAGCACUGCCAUUGUUGUAGCUGUUGUACCUAUGUACUUUAUCCUGGUGGAAUUAGUGCUUAUGAAAUUGGAUGAUUUUAAUACCAUACCUUCUGGAAGAAUAGUUCUGAA